AUGGAAUUAUGCGAGCUAAAAUUGAUAGAACAAAAUUUGGAAUCAGAAUGGCCUGCAGAUAUUGAUCAGCAUAUCGCAGAACUUGACUUUCAACGAUCAUCUGAUGAAGAAGAAGGCGAUCAGAGCUUAUUAUCAAGCAUAGCCUUAGAUCCUUCAAUCAUCUCUACUGAUAGCCUUGAUAUUGAAAAAUUGCAUGCUCGUUGCGAAGUUAAUAAGAAUGAUUACAAGUUAACAUUCGAAGAUAGUGGGCAAUGGACUAGUGGUAAUCUUACUACUUGGGGACGCAUUCGAAGUACUGAACCUUUAGAUGAGAAAACUAAUAGUUUGCCUGAGUUAGGCGCGAAUCAGAAAGCAGAAACAAGCAAUCAGCAACGACCAUCGAGUUUACUUGCAACUUUCGUUGAACGACAGCCUGAUUAUGAUUAUGCUGGCUUAUACGUCGGCAAUGGACGUUAUGUAGAUGUUAAUGACAACGAAAUCGCUUAUGUACCACAAAGUACGGAAGCUAUACAACGGGCCGAUCGCUGGCGUGCAGCUAAUCGGUUGCCACCGAACCCUCCGAUGAAACCUCGGCGGACAUUUGCUGAUUUUGAGGCUACUCGUGCACCACACCUCGACUUCAUGGUCAUGGAUCAUAAUAUGCCAAGUUUAUGCCAGCCGUCAAUAUCAAUGAGUGGAAUCAUGGAUAGAUUGAAAGAAGGAGUGCUCGAGGAUGAAAAGUUUGAUUUUUCUUUGCUAAGCGUUCUGGAAAAACGAGGGCCGGAUUCUGGAUUGGGUAGCAGUGCUACACUGAGUAGCGGUCCGUCACAUAUUGAGGAUUGGCCUUCAUUAGCAAUCCUUUUGCCUAAGCAUGUCGCUGAAGCAUGUUCAUUUUUCAAGGCAAACAGCCGGUUAUUAAUGGGUUCAAACAAUAUUGAACGGAUAAUACCACGUAGAAAUGAGACAUGUCGGACAUGUAUCAAUGUUAGAAGAAGGCUUCAUCCAUUUGUCUGGGCACGACCUGGUUGUGCUCGAUAUUCCCUUUGUGACUGUACCAGUAGUGAGAUUGUUGAUCGAAAUGUACCUUCUCGAGAGCAACAUUUAUCUCUUGGUCGACUCAGACUACGAGCUCAAGAAUUAAGUAUAGUUGGUUUGCCUGUUUAUAAUGCCAAACGGAGACUUGUUGAAAAGGUUGUAGAAGGAGUGGCAGAAGUUGCAAGAGGUGGUUCAUUAAAAAAUUUAUGUACCACACUACAAGCAUUACUUGCUGAUGGUCUGAAAAUAAAACACCCAUGGGAUAUGGUCGUCAAUGUCACAGCUCCUGGUCCAGCGACAAGCAGUGUAUAUGCACUCGUAAGCCAAUUGAAUAAGAGUGAGAAGUCUGCAGAUUCCCGAAUCACGACAUUAGGAUCUAUUGAUUGCUGGAUGUGUUAUGUGGUGCUCAAAGAAAAUGUAUUGGAGAAGAUCUACAAUAAGGAUGCUUUCAUGCUACGAGCAAAUACCUCGUAUCGAAGUUUAUUGUGGAGACUUUUAGAAAAUUUGGAAUUAAUUACUUUGCUUGAUCGUCGAUCUGCGAGUGAUCAAUCAUCGGAAGAGCUGCUAGAGACAGUAAUACUGGUGCCAUCACCUCUCGCAAGUGAUUCUCGAGUACCAAAAAGCUCUUCAAUGCCCGCUCGUCUUUCAAACCAAAGAAUAGACACUAAUUCAGCAACCCACACCCAUUCGAACGAUGUUCAGUUAAUCCGACCGAGUCGAAUCCCGUUGCUGAGUCAACGCCCUGUACGGUCAAGAUUUAGCAAUGCAGUUUGCAGCAGUCUUUCUCCUGGAACCUCAUCGCGUGCUGAUGAGGGGAUGUUGCAUAAAGUAAAAGUGUACAAGCGUGGAGGAAAAGCCGAUACAGGUUACAAUUUGGCAUCAGCUAUCGAUGACCUUAACGAACCCGGAAUGCUUGAAGUUUCUCGGGGCGAACGCCUACGCAUUCUAACGAAGCGCGGACAAAUGGCGCGAUGCUGUCGUUUACAGCCUCGUCAUGACCGAGUCUUGCAAGGCUUAGUGCCAACUUCGAAUCUCGCUAUUAACGGAUUCUAG